GAGGAACGGUGACGCAUAAGUAAAUGUUUCUGUACGGACGCAUUUCCAAGCAGUGCACAUAAGGGCGAAAAGCCCAAAAUUUGGUUUUGCGAUAAUGUCUGGGCUUUCAGAAACGGAGCGUGUUGGCUUCAAACAGAUAUUGAGCUUGAUGACAGAUGUCGACUUAAGGUCACUUAGUGACACGGUUACAAAUAAGAUGAUUGUAGUGGAAAACGUGACAGAGGCUAUGGAAACAAUUCUGAGUUUCUCCAAAAGUGCAGAGGAGCUUCUCAGAAGGAGAAAGGUUCACCGUGACCUCAUAUUUAAAUACCUCGUCAAAGAAGGGGUGACAAUGCCGCCAACCAGUGAGAAACACCAGCUGGUAAAGAGGACCCUGGAGCUGUGGUCGUCAGUAACGGUGGAUGAAGCCAAGCAGCAACAGCCCACAGCAUCUGAUUCCAAUGACAUAAACACCAAGGUUGGCUUUGAUCCACUGAUUCUGGGACAGCAGUUCUGCCAGUGGUUCUUUCAGCUCUUGAACAGUCAGAAUCCUUCACUGGGCCAACAGCCUCAAGACUGGGGGCCACAGCAUUUCUGGCCAGAUGUGAAACUACGGCUUCUUUCCAGAGCUACGACUGAGCAGAUGGAGGAGUUCCAAGGGGCUGAACUGGUCAGCCUUCGUCUCUUGGCCCUGACCAGUAGAGAGCACCUCAUCUUCAGUCCCAACAUGGAUCCUCAAGGCCUCAGGGCAGUGGCCUCCCCCCAUGGCUUGGUUCUGGUGGGUGUGGCUGGGACCAUCCACAGAGACCAGUCCUGUCUUGGCAUCUUCGAGCAGAUAUUCGGCCUCAUCCGCUCACCCCUGAAUGAAAACAGCUGGAAGAUAAAGUUUGUCAACCUAAAGAUCAGAGGACAGGAUGCCAUUGGAGGGACAGAGAUAGCAGCUCCUGCUUUAAACUACAACUCCAGUGAACUCCAGCUUCUUUGCAGCUGAUGAUAGUCAACAUAACACUGGAUAUCUUUUAUACUAUUUUACCCAGGGAUGUUUUACUUGAGUUGGUGUGCAUACUUUAAUACACACUUAGCUGAGUUUCCUGAACAGAUCCUGAUACUGAUACUGAAUUCAAAUACUGAAUUGGGGUUGGUGGAGAGGAACAUUUUGCUUAGUUAAUGCAAAUCGAGGCAUGACAGAUUUUUACAUUUCCUUUAGAGUAUUUCUUUGCUUUUACAAAUGCAGCAAUUUUGUUGCUCUCCCACUAGAAGCUUUUACUAAGUAAAUGUUAUGUUGCUGCAAAGUUGUUAACUGACAGUUUGUGCUGUCAGAUAAUCUGAAGAUGCACUCUUGACUAUACCUUUGUAAAUAUGUAAUAUAUAAGAGAGAGUUGACUUGUGUACAUUUAUACUGUAACGUGCUACAAAUUUUAUUAUUAUUUUUGUCUCAUGACAUUGCAAUCCCAGGCAAACUGAUUAUAAUGUAAUAAAACUUUUUGUUGCUUUCUUUUGA